AUAAAUUCAAAACAUUCUUCCCGUUUAUACCGAGUACAUCAUACACGCGCCUCCCCAGGUUUCGAGGAAAAUGAGUCAUGUAUUUAUUUCAGCUCGACCGCGGAGUGUAUUCCUUGUCAUCUCUCGCCCUACCGCUCCGUACAACAAUACUCAUCUCAUUCACACUUUCAGCUGAAUGUUCCUGAUAAGUAUCAUUCCAGAACUACGUGGAGUUUCCCAAGCAUUCAGAGCCUUGUCAUCACCUUGUAAAAAUGAUCCACAAGACCUUGAUGCAACCAUGAGGACCUGCCUGGGAAGAAUGGCUCGUCUGCUCCACAUCUAUUUAACACGCUGACAUAUUUUCAUUGCGGAAGGGCGUGAAAUCACGGCUAAGUAUCCGUACCGACAGAAACACUUACGAAACUUGACGUGUACUGUACUUUGCUACCGUGGAUUUUAUAUAGUCGACAUUUCAAGAUAUAUAGGUAGUAUAUCCAUCAUAGGUUGAUUGUUACGAGUACCUUGUUCCACCCCAACAACCCAACCCCCUUUAGCCACUAAGAGCACGGCACACUCACAACUCAUAGAGAUCAACAAACACACACCAAAUCAUGACCUCGUAUAAGCAACCAUGGAUCGAAACGCCGUUACUGGAGUCGAGUAUUCUCUCCAAAAUUGCCGGAUGCCGAAUAUUUCUCAAACUCGAAAACCUUCAGCCGUCAGGGUCAUUCAAAUCAAGGGGCAUAGGUAACUCGAUGAUCAGCAGCAUACAAUCCCAAGACCCUUCCGACAAGACUCGAGACGUUCAUUUCUAUUCAUCGUCCGGCGGCAAUGCUGGACUGGCCUGCGUCACCGCGGCCGUCUCCUUGGGAUACAAAGCCUCGGUCGUGGUGCCGGAGAGCACGGACGAGUGGACGAUCGACAAACUUCGUUCGGCCGGUGCGAGCGAAGUCAUCGUCCACGGAGCGACCUGGUUCCACGCCGACACUUACCUCCGAGAGACCGUCAUUCCGACGGCAGAAAGGCACGGCGAGCGUGGCAUCUACAUCCACCCGUUCGACAAGCCCGCGGUGUGGGAGGGGGCAUCCACCAUGGUCGACGAGAUGAAGAAACAAAUGCCCGACGGACAACCGCCGGACGCCGUCGUGUGUUCCGUCGGCGGCGGAGGUCUAUUCUCCGGAAUCAUGAUGGGUCUCGACCGAGCCGGUUGGGGGGACGAGGUACAGGUGAUGCCGGUGGAGACGGUGGGUGCCGAUUCCCUCGCGCAGUCGGUCGAAAAGGGUAGGUUGGUCACCCUCCCCGGCAUCACGUCCAUCGCCACGUCCUUGGGGGCCAUCCAGGUGGCGGAGAACGCUUUCGUCCAGGGAAGACGCCCGACCGUCACGCCGGUCGUCCUCGAAGACGCCGAGGCCUGUUCGGCGUGUUGGCGGUUCCUCGACGACGAGCGAUACCUGGUCGAACCGGCCUGUGGCGUCAGCGUCGCACUGGCCUACGAUGGCAGGUUGAAACAUUACCUUCGAAAUUUCCGGCCCGAGUCCAAGGUCGUCCUCGUCGUCUGUGGAGGAUCCAAAAUCUCACUCGACCUUCUCAACAAGUACCGGUCACAAUAUCAAAACCGGAGCGAAGAACUCGCGACAAAAUAUGCAUGAACGGGUAGGGGUCGAUGUGCAACAAAAAAGAGCAUCAGGAUCGUACGCGACGUCGACUCCAUGUCCGACAAUGUGUUGAUUUCGGGGAUUCCCCGUCUUUUACACAAAAUACUCGAGAAGUUACAGCAACGAUGAUUAGAUUUAGCGACAUAUGGAAAAUGGUUCAUACAAUAUUUCCUUUCUUUCA